ACUAACAAAAAUUAAAUUGAUAAAUUCAGAAUUUAAUACCGGUGAACUCCACGCUACACUUUGGCACUCGGCCACCGUAGGCCUAACUUUCCAGUUUAAAUAACGCCGGUCGCCGGAAUUGACAACAGUCAACAUUCACCGGAAGUCCAUCCACUCUAAUUCCCCCACUCUUCUUCUUCUCCGACUCGUAGGGAUCUGAGUGUGCGGUUGUAGCUAUCAAUGGAUGAUGAUUCUACGAAUCCAUUCCGACGUAUGUCGAGCCGUACUCGGAAGGUUGCUCCUAAGAUGGUUGCUGCCCUAGCCAGCAGCGACAACCGUACGCAGGCAGCACUUGCUCGUCUAGAGGCAUUGGAAAAUGACAAUGCGGGAGUGGAAGUAGUCGAAAACAUUGACGAUGAGGAUGCUUCUCUCGAUGAUGAUGAUCAAGCAUACAUAAAGCGGCAAUCAAAGGGCACUAAACGGAAAACUAGACAGGCAAAAGCACUUGAAGCUAAGAAAGCUCCCAAAACUUUUAUGGAGCUUCUGCACGAGGCAAAUUUGGAGUCAUUGCCUCCACAUGUUCCAUCAUACUUGAAGGCGGCCGUUGGACCUCCAAGCUCUACCUCACGCCGGCAUUUCUGCACAGUUUGCGGUUUUGCUGCGAGCUACACGUGCAUAAGGUGUGGAAUCCGCUUUUGUUCAUCUCGUUGCCAGAAUAUACAUAACGAUACUCGUUGUUUGAAAUUUGUUGCCUAAUAGGUUGAUAGCGAUAGGCAGGUGGAUCCACUCGAAUUUUGUAGAUUAUAUUGAACUCACUACUCAAAUCUCUGUAAAUUAUAAUGUAGUCUUAAUACUCAUUUUUCUCUUCAUGGUUAAGCCUCACAUCUUGUUUC